AUGCUUGGUCGUAUGUUAACUUUUUCAGUUGGGUUUGAGGGUCCAAACAUCUAUAUUCGCUGUCUCAUGGCCUUGCGCUCCAACAUCUUUGAAGAGCAGCAGUUUGCUCUGUACCACUUAGUCAAGAUAUCUUAUGAACGCCACGAUAAGUUCAAGUUCGAGGGAUUCCCUGGACUUAGUGAAGGCCUGGUUGAAAAGGUAUUGGAAGUCGGCAGCUACUUUUACGAUAUCAAGUGGAAGAUAUCUUGGAUCUCCCACGUGGCUGCUGAUAAUAUUGACACGCUCGACGGCAACGAAGGCACUGACGAUAUCCUGGAGCGCAUCGACGGCCUUCAGACCAAGCAUAUUAACGAACUGAUCGUUCCAGCGGAUCUUGCUGAUAAGAUGGUCCUUAUCAAUGAAGCUGCCUUGACGCUGAGAAACAUGUCUCUGCUCCGGGAGAACGCUGCACACCUGGCCGACUUCUUGCCAAUCAAGGACCUGAUCUGUAUCGUUCUGAGCCUCCCCAAACAUGAGUGGGUGGUUGAGUUGAAGCAUGCGAUGCUCGACAUUGCCGAGUCUCUUACUCCCUACAUGGAGAUUGACUCUCGCGACCCGUUGUACAAGGUCCUAAUGUGGCAGUUACGAGACUCUGAUGAUCGUGGCGUUAUCCUUACAUCUCUCCGCGCCCUGGGACGUAUUUCGAUGAACCUCGAGGCUACCAACAAGUUGGAUAAGGUCCCCUCUGCAGUUCUGGUUAAGAUUAGCGAACUGAUGCUGCUUAACGACGACGAGCUCAUGGACGCGUGUCUUGACUUCCUUUACCAGUACACUGCAGUGGUCAGCAAUGUCGAUAAUCUCGUCAAGUCGCUCAACUGCGAGCACUUGGUACAACACCUGACCCGUCUUCUCUCUCAUAAUGCCAGACGUUACCAACAUGAGACAUCCUUGCGGCCCACGGCCAAGACGCCUCAGUCGGAUGACCCCGCUGCCAUGCCUGAAGACCUGCUACAAGACCUCCUCAAGCUGGAGGAGCCUGAGCGAUGCAAUCAGUGGGUCAAGUGUUUCUUCGAAGAGGACAAGGACUCGUUCGUGACACAGAUCGCAGCUUGGCAGGCUUACCAGAAUGCUUUCAAGGUCGCCCUCCAGAAGGCAGGCCAGCCGCUCAUUACCCCCGCGGAUUUCAUAAGAAACAGCUGCUCUGUGUAUAAGGGAUCCAAGGCCGAGGUUUGGCAUGGCUCGGGCGCUCCAGGUGAGAUGCAACAAAAGUUUAUUAUACAUGGCAUCCGCUGCAGGGCCCAGCCCGUAGGCCUUGACGGCAAAGUCUUCCUUCGCUGUCUCUGGGACGCGGCGUCCGGUCGACCUAACGAAAAGUGUGGGCACUUCUUCGGAACGAAGCAGACUAUGUGGAACCACGUUGUCUCCGCCCACCUCAAGUGGACUCGUAAUGAAGCAGGUACAUUCGACAACAGCGAGGAGGAGCUCAGGUGCCAAUGGGCCGACUGCACCAAGUACCCGAAGCCGACUAAGAUAAAGCGUGCCGAGAUCAGCCAUCACCUUCAGACUCACUGCUGCCAGAUCUUCAAUGGUAUCGCUAUCAAUCAGAACAAGGCUGCUCCGGGAUCUCGGCCCGGCGACACCAUGGUCUUCCAGUACGAAGAGACACCCGCUAUCCACGACGAGCAAAACCCUGCUGCUGGUCCUCAGGCUGCCGGAAUUCCUCUUAGCGCGGUGCUUAUCCUCCGCAACAUCGCCCGCAACGUAGUCAAGACGCCUGCUCAGGAAGACCUUCUCAAACUGCACGAGCUUGGAGGCGAGGCCGGCGGUUGGAAUGAGCGUCUCUUCCGGACUCUUCUCCCCCGCCUGUACGAAAUCAUGAGCGAGAAUAAGAUUCUGGCGCCCUACAUCGUGUCCCUAAUUCGCCUAGCCGAGUCAGAGAGAGACUUGUAG